AUGGACGCAAUUGCUAACAAAAUCGCUCUGAUCACUGGAGGAGCGAACGGUAUAGGACCAGCUUACAUCUCGAAGCUGUUCCAAGGAGGCAUGCAAGGCUGUACCAUUGCCGAUAUCGAUGAAAAGAAUGGAGAAAAAGUAUGCGCAGAAAUGAACUGCACUUAUGGCAAAAAUAAAGCGAUAUUUAUCAAGGCCGAUGUGUGCGACAAGGAAGCGUUCGAAUGCGUUUUCAAGGCCAACAUGCAAAAAUUCAAACGACUGGACCUGGUGGUGAAUAAUGCUGGAAUUCUAAGGGACCAAGUUUGGGAAAAAAUGAUCGAUCUUAACGUAGCAUCCACUGUACAGGGUAGUCUUUUGGGUAUCAAAUACAUGGGAAAAAACAACAAAGGUUGCGGAGGCACUAUCGUGAAUACAGCCUCCAUUUUGGGCUUGCAGGGCUUGCCUGGAACUCCUGUUUAUACAGGAACCAAGCACUUUGUUAUCGGAUUCACCAGAUCUAUUGGCACCAAAUGGUGGUACGAUUUGACUGGAAUCAGAUUCCUGACUAUAUGUCCUGGUGUGACGCUCACUUCUAUGAUUCACGAUGCCAACGACUGGGUGUUUUCGGGAUUUCCUGGUUUAGGAAAGCUUGUGGUGCAAGGGCUCGGCAGCGAACCUUCGCAAACUGUCGAAGAUCUUGCGGAAGGCCUCAAUGUAAUGCUCAAUGAAGGCGAAAACGGAAGUAUUUGGGUGUGUGAAGGUGCCAUUCCAAUUUACGAGGUUGUUAUACCGAAGAUUCAUGAUAUGAAAAAAUUUAAAUUAGGAGCAAAGUGUUGA